UCAUUUUCAAUUCACAAUCAAAUUAUGGUUCUCAAAUACUUAUAUCUUUUUUCACUUAUCACUUUAACUAUUUGUGAUUAUGAAGACUAUUUUCCAAAUGGCCAAUUAAAUAAUGUCUUAGCAUGUGCUAAAGAUAAAGUUUGUGUCCCAUUAGAUUGUUGUCCUGAAAUUGCUAAUCUUUUAAUGGACGAUACUCUCCCAGUUCAUAGAUUUAGACAAGCUGUCUGUGGAUAUUCUGGAAUAAAUCCUAAAGUUUGCUGUAACAAUCCUACAGACAUAGUAAAUUUUGGCGCUAUUCCGAAUGAACAUAAAUCUGAAAAUAUUAGGCAAAGACAGUGUGGAUACAGUUUAGUAAAAAGUGAUUAUGCUGGAAUAGGAUCUUAUCCAUUUCUUGCAAGAAUUGGAUUUAUUAAUUUAGAUGAUGGAGAAAUAAAAUAUUCUUGUUCUGGAGCUAUAAUCAAUGAAAGAACUGUUGUGACUACUGCAAGCUGUGCUUUAGCAACUUCUGAUGAUUAUAAAAUACACUCUGUUCUUAUCGGAGAGUAUGAUACAAAAACAGAUCCUGAUUGCAAUUCUUUGUUUUGCGCUCAUAGAACAACUUCUCAUAACAUAUCAUACAUUAUUAAACAUCCAGGUUAUCGAGCGGAAACAUUUGAUAAAAAUAUAGCUCUUAUCCGUUUAAAUGAGUCUAUUGAUUUUAGCUUAACUGCAAUGCCUGUCUGUUAUUCUGAGCGACCAUACGUUUCUACAGGGGUAAAUACAGUUCUAGUUGGCUGGGGAAAGUUAUUAAAUACCAAAGACAUAACAGAACAAGGAAUCGUUCCGAUGAAAAUUCUUCCUUUACAAGACUGUGAAGAUUAUCUCAUGCAAGGAUUAACAGUAGAACUGUGUGCAAUGGGUCCACAGGAGCCAUGUUCUGGUUAUAGUGGAAGUCCUUUACUUUAUCGUGAAAGAGAAUGUUAUACUUUGAUUGGAUUAUUAUCACACGGUACAAGUUGUGAUUCCAAUAGAAAUACACCGUCUGCAUUUGUCAGUAUUCGAAAAUAUGCACAAUGGAUUACAGAAAAUUCAUAAUAGAAAAAUUUUCAUGCAUUCAUUUUAUAUAAAAAUU